CAGGGUGGGAGGCCUGCCGUUUUUGCAAGAGUUGCCGGGAGUUUUAGGGUAGUGGGUUGUUCUACAGACUUCACGGGAGGAGAACCAUUUGUUGACGUGUCAGCUUCUGAAUAGACCCCAGCCUCUUGUACCAUCAUGUCUUCAGAGAACAUCUUGGAUGAUGAGGAUACAUUCAAGAUCCUGAUUUCCACAGAUAUUCAUCUUGGUUACCUUGAGAAGGAUGCUAUUCGUGGCAAUGACUCCUACAACACACUGAAUGAAAUCCUGGAAUGUGCCAAAAGAAAUCAGGUAGAUUUCAUCCUGCUGGGUGGGGACUUGUUUCACGAGAACAAACCAUCCAGACGAUGCCUCCACAGCUGCAUCACUAUGUUGAGGAAAUACUGCAUGGGAGACUCACCUGUAACCUUCAAUAUCAUCAGUGACCAGACUGUUAACUUCAACACAACCCAGUUCCCCUGGGUGAACUAUCAGGAUGAAAACCUGAACAUUUCUAUCCCUGUGUUCAGUAUUCAUGGCAACCAUGAUGACCCAACUGGGGCGGAAGGUUUGUGUGCGCUGGACCUGCUGAGUGCUUCUGGUCUUGUCAAUCACUUUGGACACUCUCACUCUGUGGAGAGGAUAGAGAUUAGUCCCAUCCUCUUGCAGAAAGGCAGCACCAAGCUUGCCCUGUAUGGUCUUGGUUCUAUCCCGGAUGAGCGCCUGUACAGGAUGUUUGUCAACAACCAGGUUACCAUGCUUCGACCCAAAGAAGAUCAAGAUGAGUGGUUUAAUCUCUUUGCAAUCCAUCAAAACAGGAGUAAACACGGUCCCACAAACUACAUUCCCGAGCAGUUCCUGGAUAAUUUUAUUGACCUGGUGGUGUGGGGCCAUGAACACGAGUGUUUAAUAGCUCCAACUAGAAAUGAGCAACAGCUUUUCUACGUGACUCAGCCAGGAAGCUCUGUAGCCACGUCUCUGUCACCCGGAGAGGCUACCAAGAAGCAUAUUGGAUUGCUUAGAGUGAAGGGUCGUAAAAUGAACCUGCAGAAGAUCCCCUUAAGGACAGUCCGUCAGUUCUUCAUUCAGGAUGUUGUGCUGGCUGACUAUGAGGACCUCUUUACACCUGAUACUCCUCAGGUUACAAAGAAGGUGGAGAACCUGUGCUAUGCAAAGGUUUCAGAAAUGUUAGAAGAAGCCGAGAGGGGAAGACUCGGUUGUCCACUCACACCAGAGAAACCUUUAAUCCGACUGAGGGUGGACUAUACUGGAGGUUUUGAAACGUUCAACACCUCUCGCUUCAGUCAGAAGUUUGUUGACUGUGUGGCUAACCCAAAAGAUAUAAUUCACUUCCUCAGAAAGCGCGAGCAAAAGGAGGACAUCAAAGAUGAGUUCAAUGUUGACUACGGCAAGCUAGUGAAACCAACUGCCGUUGAGGGACUGCGAGUGGAGGACCUGGUUAAACAAUAUUUUGAAGCAGCUGAGCAGAAGGUGCAGCUGUCCCUGCUGACCGAACAGGGCAUGGGGAAAGCUAUUCAGGAGUUUGUGGACAAAGACGAGAAGGAUGCCAUCGAGGAGCUCAUCACCUAUCAGUUAGAGAAGACACAGCGGCAUCUUCAGAGCAGAGGAGUGACCACAGAGCAAGAUAUCGAUGCAGAGAUUCAGAGAUUCAGAGACUCCAAAAAGAACACGACUGAAGAAGAGAAUGACAUCAGAGAAGCUAUUAACAGAGCCAGAGCUCACCGGUUGGAGCGCGGUGAUCCCGAUGUAUCUGAUGAGCCUCCAGAUGUUACCAUGGAUUCUGAUGAGGGUUCUGUAACACUUCCUGCUGCAACGCGAGGCAGGGGACGAGGAGGCAGAGCGCGAGGAGGUCGGGGCAGGGGCAGAGGUGCUGCUGCAUCGGAAGCAAAGCCAGCUGUCGGGGGUCGGGGUCGUUCCCAGAGGUCAGCACCAGCAUCUCAAAGCAGAAGCAUAUUGCAGGCUUUUCAGGGUCCAUCCCAAAGAUCUCAAAUUGGAGGAUCCACUUCUUUUGGUGCUGAUGAGGUGAUCAUCGAUGACUCGGAUGAAGAUAUACCUGUAAUGAAAGCCACCAGGCCACCUCCAAGACCAUCAUCGUCAUCAUCAUCAUCCUUCACCAAGCACAGUUCUCAGAGCCAGAGCCAGGGAUCUCGAGGAGUUGCUUUUGAUGAUAGCGAUGAGGAGGACAACCCAUUUAAAGGCCACAGCCAUCGUUCAAGACGAUAACCACGUGCGUCAGUUUGGUUUCAAGGAAAUAUUUUAUGUGCUUCUGCAAUUUUCUUCUGAAUGACUUCCGAAUGUUGUUUCAUUGUUCUUAAAUUAUGACAAUGAUUAACUGAAUUUGUCAUCCAUAGCUGCCUGAGAUAAAAUAUUCCACUGCAUCAGUUUCCUGAUUGUAGAGUUUGAGGAGGCAGAGUAGAAAUUAGAAAAUGUUAAGUUGGCACCUCCUUGUUUACUUCCCACCACCUGGAGGGCUCUUGUUGUAAAUCAGUUUUUUUCACUGUCCUUUCUAAAAUCUUCUGAAAGUAAAGAUUUUCAUAUGUAACUACA